CUUUCCCCAACCAUGAUAAACUGCCAUGUUCAGCCAACUCCGUGAUCAGUUUCCAUUGCCUGGUCUCAAGUUGUGGGCACUCAGCAUGCCUUCGGGUUUUACUGAGGAAUCGGGAUGACCAGCUCUUACAGAAUAUACAGCAACGGCCUCCAUAUAAGCAGUGCCAGGUUUAGGAGAUUUACGGUAAAGCUAUGUUUCCAAGGAGGUCAGUACAAAGCCAGACUUCUACCGGCAGUUUCUGCGAGAGAUGAGCUUUCCAUCCAUUGCAGCAUUUUAUUUUCUCUCUGGGAGAUGUUUAUAACAGAAAAGGCUCAAUCGGGGUAUCUAGGAGUCACUUUGGUUCCUCUGGUGUUCGGUGGAGCUGCUCCCAGGCAAGGAUAAAAUGAGCUUGUCAUCUGGGGAUCAUGGAAAGCCUGGAGUUGAGGCUCAAUCAUGCCACGUACUUUUGCUGUGAGAAGAGGAGCGAUUCUGUCCCCGUGUGCCAGAAGUGUGAAACGUGUAUCCUGGCUUGGAAGAUCUUCACCACCAAAGAGUGGUUCCAGAGGAUCAGUGAGAUUUCGCAGAGGAGGUUUCUGGUGAGCAUCCUGAAGCAGUUGAAUAGCUUAUAUUUGUUGCACUAUUUCCAGAGUAUCCUGCAGACCACGCAGGGGAAGGAUUUCAUCUACAACAGGUCCCGGGUGAACCUGAGCCAGAAGGAGGAGAAAAUCGUCAAGUCUUCUUUGAGCCAGAUGUUGGACAGAACGGUUGAACUGAAAAUGAAGGACAUCCUGUGUUGGUUUGGGAACAGCCCCCAGCGGACCAAGGCCAGCUACACGCUCCUGCUGCUGCAGAUGUGCGAGCCCAAGUUACUGCUCACUGCCGCCCAUGUCGUCAGGGUCCUGUUUCUGAGAGAGCAGAACAGUAUCUCAGGACUCAUUCAGGACUCCACAGAUGUCUUUUUCUUUCCCGAGAAAGAAUACAACCCCAAGUCUGCAACCUCACAUGUUUUCUGGGCAGCUAGAACCAAGCAAACAUCCUUCCCUAUGUCUAAAACCUCAGGAAAAGAAAGCUCUCCUGGAAAUGUGGGAGGAGGAGUAUCUGCUACAGACGGAAGAUGGAAAAGUUCACUGCAGUGCAUCUCCGAGAUGAAUAGGCUGUUUUCCCCAAAAUCGGACUUGUCCAGGGUGGACGGUGCUCCCUUGGGUCUGUUGGUUGACCUGAAGGCUGUCCAAGACCUGUCUUCCGGGUUCAGUAAAUACCGGGACUUUAUCCGCCAUCUUCCCAUCCACAUCUCCAAGCACAUUCUAAGUCUGCUGGAUAAAAACUCCCUGAACAGGUGUGCCUCCGUGAGCCGGCAUUGGGCCACCCUCGCACAGCAGGUCAAGAUGGACCACUCAAUGCACGCGUUUAUUCAGACCCAAAUAGCCGUCCUGCAGGGGUCCUACACCAAGGGAAUAGAUCCUAAUUACGCCAACAAGCUUUCCAUCCCAGUUCCCAAAAUGGCGGAUGAAGGGAAGCACAUGCAUGCGAAAAACCAGAAAUGGAGACUGAGAGCAAAGAUGGACUACAACCUGUGGACCGCCUACCAGAACCAGGAGACGCUGCCCGUCCAGAUGGAGGAGAGAAAUGUCUUUUGUGGCUCCUACAACAUCCGGAUCCUUUCUGACACGUGGGACCGAAACAGAGUCAUCCACUACUCCGGGGGAGACAUGGUGGCUGUGUCCUCCAGUCGGAGGAUCCACCUUCUGGACAUCAUCCAAGUGAAGGAGGUUCCCAUGGAGUUUCGAGGACACGCGGGGAGCGUCCGCGCCCUCAUCCUGUGCGAGGAGGAGAACUUCAUCCUGAGCGGAAGUUACGACCUGAGCAUCAGAUACUGGGAUAUAAAAAGUGGGACUUGCAUUCGCAUCUUCAAUGGCCACCAGGGGACCAUCACUUGCAUGGAUUUAUAUAAGAACAGGCUCGUAUCUGGAGCAAGAGAUGGCCAGGUGAAAGUGUGGGAUGUGGAGACAGGGAAGUGCUUGAAGACAUUUAAACACAAAGACCCCAUUCUGGCCACCAGGAUCAGUGACACCUACACUGUGAGCAGCUGCGAGCGAGGGGUCGUCAAAGUGUGGCACCUGGCCACGGCGCAGCUGGUGAAGAAAUCCUGGAAUGCAAUAAUUCACUGUGCCUCCUCCCCCCAGCCUGUGACUCUCAGCGGCCAUGAAGGGGCUGUGAAGUGCCUGUGCUUUGACCAGUGGCAUCUUCUCUCGGGAAGUGCUGACGGGCUGGUCAUGGCCUGGAGCAUGGUAGGGAAGUACGAGCGAUGCCUGAUGGCCUUCAAGCAUCCAAAGGAGGUGCUCCACGUGUCCCUGCUUUUCCUCCGGGUGAUCAGCGCCUGCGCAGACGGCAAGAUCCGCAUUUACAAUUUCUUAAACGGGACCUGCCUGAAGGUGAUGAAAGCCAAUGGCCGAGGGGACCCCGUGCUGUCCUUCUUUGUUCAGGGCAACAGGAUGGUGAUCAACACGGAGAGUAAUAUUAUCAUGUUCCAGUUUGAGAAUAUUAAGUGGCAGUACUCUCAGGACCGGAGUAAACUAAAGAAGAUCAGGGACAAGGAGAGAGAGGAGGACAAGGAAGAGAACGAGCUCACCGAUAUUCUCUCUAAGUCCAGCACUCUGGUUCACAGCCUAAAGGAAUCUGUAUCCAGUAAACAAACUGUGGCCCAGGAAGUUUUACCCAACAAACCUCACAAGACCCACGUUCUCCUAAAAGUGGCCAACGUACCCACAGCAGCACUAGAGCCAACUCAAAGUCAAAGAAAGCCCAAAUCACCCCGAAAAGAUGGCAAGAAGAAACCUCAUCUUUUUUCUAAGGAACCAAAUGACCUGGAUGUUGGGCAAGAGAAUUUGGAGGCAGAACCCUCAGCAGGAGACAAAAUGAACGCAGCUGAUGUGGGAAAAGUACAAAAACCCGAACAACUGGGCACUUCUGGACAAGUGUUUUCUUGCCCAAAGAAGUUGUUCCAGCAGGUCCCCAUGUCGCCUGACCAGUUCCUCCUGACGGUCAAUGCUCUGCAGAAGGCCCACAACUCGGGGGCCUUUGCCUACCCCCACAGGCCCCAAACCCAAGUCAUCGACGCCUGGGGACCCUCUAUCUCCCACCCCAGGAAGGUCCUGAGUUUCAAGGGAAAACCGGUCCAGCCUGCACUGGAUCGGUUGAGGCUCGGCCACCCCCCCAUGGAUGUGAGACAGACCAGCACCCCUCUGGAAAUCCAGAAACUGCAGCCCAACUUGAAGAACUCGUUGCACAGUCCCAGAGUCCAGUCCACCGUACCCCAGCCCGUGAUCAUCCGCUGCAGGGUUUCGGGCAGCCUGAAGGGUGAGGACGGAGUGACCAGCUCCAUGGAAGGAGGGGCGCACAGUCCGGGCCCACUGACCAGCACGCAGGUCAUCAGGCCCAACCGCAUGCCCACGCCGAGUGUGGACACCGGGACCCUGUCCCUCAGGCGGGAACGGCCUCGCUUCUACACGGCCACCACGCUCAACCCCUUCAGGAUGAACACCGGGUUCAUGCUUCUGACCGUCAGGCAGGAGAACGAGUACGUGGAGGCCAAGAGGAAGGAAUGUCAGGCCAGAGUGUCCCCUGCAGCGGUGGAUCCAGAAAAAGCCAGGAGAGGGGCGUGGCUCCGGAUGCUCAAAGGCCUGCCCAUCGAUAACUUCAUGAAGCAAGGGAAAACGGCGGCCCCCGAGCUCGGACAAGACGCCUUUAUCUGAACCAGCCUUGCGCAAUGACAGUGUCUUGCAAUAAACCAAACCAAGUGGGUGUCGGUGUUUGGCCUUCUGGGUUUUGUUCUGGACUGUUCCCUGGCAAUUAAUAUGGGAACUCUGCAUUAUCUUCCUGUGAGCCAGAGAAUAGAUCAUAGCAAAGUGAGAAAACACGGGGAGUCUGGGAAAAUUGUGGCUGUACCCCUGAAGCCCAAUUAUAGUGAUGGGGAGAGGGGGAGGUAAUCAUUGGAAAUUAGUUAUCAUUUGUCACCAUCUACCAUUCUGUUCCAACAAAGGAAGUGAUAGAAUUGUAUCUUUAGCAUACCCUGGUGUUACUGCACCCAGUGCUGAUGAAGCACAGCAAGUUCAGUUAAUCUAACAGAAGAAGGACUCAAUGGAGUUAAUAUAUUGGAUUUGGGAAAGU